GUGUGUGUGUGUGUGUGUGUGUGUGUGUGUGUGUGUGUGUGUGUGUGUGUGUGUGUGUGGGGCUUAUGUCAUCAUCAGUGAGGACCAAACAUGGCGAGGUCAGUGUGACUCCGCCCCCUCAGGGAGGUUGUAGUCCUGUGGACAGAUGAGCUGAGGGACAGAAGGAGUCAUGUGGAGUCGAAGCUUCUGGCAGCAGCUCGUCCGCCGAGCAUCCACUUCCUCUCAGGCCGGCAUCCUGUUUGACGUAGAUGGCGUGCUCCUUCGUGGUGGUUCUGUGAUUCCAGCUGCUCAGCGGGCUCUGAGGAAACUUGUGGACCAGAACCACAACUUCCUGUUUCCUGUCGUCUUUGUCACCAAUGCAGGAAGCUGUCAGAGACAGCAGAAGGCCCAGCAGCUGUCUCACCUGCUGGAUGUUCAGAUAACACCUGAGCAGGUGGUUCUGUCACACAGUCCUCUGCGCAUGAUGACAACUUUCCACGAUAAGUGUGUGCUGGUGUCGGGGCAGGGACCAGUGAGCCACAUCGCUCAUGAUCUGGGUUUCCAGAAGGUGGUGACCAUUGAGCAGCUCUCAGAACAGCACCCCCUGCUGGACAUGGUGGAGCACAUCCAAAGACCCCCAACACCUCCAUCUCCUCUUCAGAGCCUGCCCCAGAUACAAGCCAUCAUCCUGUUCGGGGAGCCAAUCAGAUGGGAGACCAACCUGCAACUGUUGAUUGACGUGCUUCUGACCAACGGCAGACCUGACUGUGUGUAUGACACCCGGCUGCCAAAACAACUGCCUGUUCUUGCCUGCAACAUGGACCUACUAUGGAUGGCAGAUGCCCCAUCCCCACGAUUUGGUCAUGGGAUGUUCCUGCUGUGUUUGGAGUCAGUCUACAAGAAGCUGACUGGUCGAGAGCUGCACUAUGAAGCGCUGUUGGGAAAACCCAGUUUGCAAACGUACCAGUAUGCAGAGCAGCUCCUGAGGCAGCAGAACAACAACCGCAAACUGUCCACAAUCUAUGCUAUCGGUGACAAUUUGAUGACAGACAUUUAUGGUGCUAACCUGUACAACCGUUACCUGGCUCAGCAGCACGAGGCCAUGACGCCCAGUGCCAAGCUUGUUGUCCAGGGAGCAGGCAGCCAGGUGGCAGUGGCAGAAGAAGAAGUGGCAUCUGCUGUUAAAUGUUGCUCCAUCCUGGUGUGCACAGGUGUGUACAACCCUCGCUUUCUGAAGCCUGGUGACCAAAACAGUGGCUCCUCAGAGAUGGUACUCAGUAGUCACCGAGACCUGAAACUGGACCUGGACCUGGUGGAGCCAAAUCAUGUGGUAGAGGAUGUGGAGGCUGCCAUUGACCUACUGCAGCGAGAAACUUCUGUCCCCUUACUGACACCUGUCUGACACCUGUCUGACACCUGAUACCUGUCUGACACCUGAUACCUGUCUGACACCUGUCUGA